AAAUUGGGUCAAACAAGGGUUAAGAUAAAUGGGGAUUAGGGUUAUCCUAAUUCUCAUUUAACCGUAUCUUCUCCUACCUUUUUCCUUCGUGCAACCCUAAAUAAUCCUACCCCAUUUUCGAUCGAUUUUCCCCAUUUUUCUAUAAUUUUCUAUUCGAUUUUCUUCUCUUUUUCUCUGAUUAUCUUCUUCAUUUUCUAUUGUCUUCUCCCUUUCCUUUCCGGUGUUAACCGAAAUGAAAGGAAAUCUACAUUUUCUUCUUUUCAUUUUUUACGAUCGGUCCCAUUCUGUUUGUCUUCAAUUUUUGCCCUACCCUUCUCGAUUUUAUGUUCCUGCCAUCGAAACUCAUUUUCAUUUUCCAACGGUUGCGUUUCGACCCUACCUCUGGAACGCUUCUCACAAAACAAGACUGCUUCACUUACUCCGUUUUCUCCCUAUUGUCACAUGGAUUUGUAAAGUUCUCUUUGCAGUUAAGGUUGUCGCACUUAAACCAUUCGUAAACAAGUUGAGGUUGUUCUGGAGGUGAAUGACUUCGGCUGACGUCACGCCAUGUCUCGAGACGAGCAAGUAGGUGAUUGGGGUGAGAUGUGACACUACUAAUGUUGGAGUUGUUACAUAGCAAUAUAAAGAGGAUACUGCACAUCCUGCAUGACACUAGGCAUAUGAUUAGACAAUUAGCCUAUUUUCGAAUGAUUCAUGCGUCAAACCUAGUGUGUCGAGAAAGUACGAGAUGGACUAAAGAUGUUUUUCCAUUCUGUGCUACCUGCUUAGAACCAUUGCUUGACUAACGUCGAUGAAAGUCGCUAAUGUUGAGGAGAUGGUCGUAAUGUUCCUUCAUAUACUUGCACACAACGUGAAAACUGUGUCAUUCAACAAGAGUUCAUGUGGUCGGAUGGGACAAUUAACGACGUAGCUAACAUGCAUAAGAAGAGUUUUCUUGACUUUGUGAGAUGACUUCACUCAUUUAUAUCCCAAAAGGUGAAUAAGUGUGGACUUUAGGCACCGAGAGGUUGUUGUUCUUAAACGUGAGGUCCUAUAAGUUUUAUAAGUGAAUACUCUAGAUAUAUUUUACUUAAUCAAGAUUAGUCAUAUGGAUCCAAACAGGUGAUCAUAUGUGGUGCUUAAUGACUCUAAGAGGAGCAUGCAUUAAUCAUAAUCUAGUUAAGAGUAAUGUGUUGUGUCAAGGUUCUCGCGAUGCUUAAUUUCCUUGCAAUAUAUGGAUAUUCCUCCACUCUUUCUUGCAUACAAGUUAGUUCGCAUCUUCAUCUUGCCAUAAUUUAUUCUACUUUGCAUGAGUCUCUAGGUGUAAAUAUGUAGUAUUAGUUUAUCUAAACAUCCUUUCACAUUCUUAUAUUUUUGUCAUAACGCCUAGUUGAUAAGUAACCCCUAGAACUAAGCUUUGAUAUCAAUUCACUGUGUUCGACCUUGGAUCACCCACGUAAACCUAUUGUUUCGAUUACACUUAGGAAAACAAUAGGAAAACUUGCACUUUUGUGAACUGAGCAGUAGGUGGUGGAAACAUUGGAAGCAUUUUGCAUGCAAUGAUCAUGUCAACUCACAUGAUGAAGAGAAUAUUGGAGAGCAUUUUGCAUGCAAUGAUCCAGUUGUCAGUGACUUAGAAGAGAUAGAGUGUAAACCCUAGAUCUUCUACACUUUUGUUUACUUCAGUUUAUAAGAAGUCAAGUUUUAAGUGUAAUCAAGACCGCAUGUUUCCGUAAAGUCUUUUGUAUUGGAUCAAAAUUAGUGGGUUAAGGAAUAUUUGUAUUGUUCAUUUACAUUUGGUUUUUAAGUAAUUGUUAAGCUACUAAGAGCAUCAAAAUAAAUCAGUUAGUAGAAUUAAUUAAGUUUAAAAAAAAAAAAAAAAGUGGUUUAGUGAAGUAUUAAAGGUUUUUUUUAAAGAAAAAAAAAAGUAAGAAAGUGAAAAAGAAAGGAGGAAGGUCGGUGGGAGUCUUUUAAGUUCUUCUUUAGGGUGGAUGUUAGGCCUUAAUCGCAUUUUGUCUUACGCUAUAAGAUUUCACGUGACAAGGGUAGCCUAUGCAAUGAGAUAUCUAGUGUAGAAGGCUACAUGAGGAAUUGUUAUGCGUUUUUAGCUUACAUAACCAAUAAGUAGCGAUGUCACCCUUGUUUAAGGAAGUCAGUGAUUGAUUUGACCUUGUCACCCAAUCAAAAUUUAGGAUAAGGAUGUGGUAGUGACAUGUGCCAUUUUGACAUUGGUCAUUCUCACCGUUAGGCAGAAGUAAUCAUUCCAGCAUAGAAAGUGUCGCUGGAAAAACUUAUAAAUAGGUGCAGUUCGAUCAUUUUGAAGUUGCUUUUACCUUGAGCUUACUUAAGAAAGAACUGAGAGAAUUUUCAAGAUUUUCGAAAAGCCUGAAUUCAGCAAGGAGUUGCAAAGAAGAGUAAGGAAGUUCUCCGCAAAAGGAGUUAGGCGAGGAAGUACAUUGAUUGUGAGUGGUUUCUUCCUUAAAAUGUUUUCAAAAACAAAAAAAGAUUUCCAAUAUCUUUAAAUCCUUAAAGAUAUUUUCAAUGAAACCUCAAGAUAUGUGACUUCUAUUAUGCUUUCCAAAUACAUGUGAUUUAUAAAUACAUAAAAUUUUGAUAUGAGUUGAAAUAAUGAAAUGAUGAUCUUUUGUACCAUAUAUAUGUGAUGAGAAUGCCUUAUACUUUCCGUGUGAUCUGAUAUGGGAUGCAUUACCAACUACUACAAAUUUGGUCUUUCUUGAUGCAUGCAAAUUUUGAUUUCUUGAUGGUCAUGACAAAGGACCAUUAAGAAAAAUAUUUUUCAUGUACGUCAAGAAAAGUCUCUUUAUUUUGUGGAAGAAAUAUGAAAAAAUGUAAAAAAAAAAAAAAAUGUUGAUUCUUGAUUUCCUUGAUGGGCAAAGUUCCCUUAGUUUUGUUGAUUGUCUACAAACUUCAAGAAAACUAUAUCUCGAUGGACAAUAAACAUUAAGGAUAAUAUGUUUGUUGACUGGAAACGCCCAUCAAGUUAGUUAGUUUUUCUUGAUGGAUGAGACCCAUCAAGAGAUGAAUUUUCUUCAUUUCCAAUGGUCAUCAUCGAAAAAAAUUAAUAUAUUUGUUUUAGAUUUCUUGAUGGGUUUGAAAUUUUCUUGAUGGACAAAAACAAAAACAAAAGAAGAUAAUGAGCAAGGUCCAUCAAGAAAAAUAAUAUCUUGAUGGGCAUUGUCCAUUAAGAAAAAAAUUAUAAUUUUGGGUUUAGGAUAAGAUCAUGGGCAAGGUCGAUAAAAAAAAAAA